AUGGCCAUUAUUUUACGAAGACUUUCACACACACUCACCACAUCAUAUGGUAAACCACUCUCAUCUGCUACACGAAGUCUAACUGCCUUUCGAAAACAAACGUUCUUCAGUUUAAGUGCGCUAUCUUCAAAAAGGGAAUACAAAGCCGAGAAGUUACUUGGCUACACGCAAUCUCAACUUUAUGAUGUCGUUGCCAACGUCAACGAGUAUAAACUAUUUGUUCCAUACUGCACUCAUUCACAAAUACUUGCUGCAAGUACAAAUGAUUCGGGAAUGAAUUAUCUUACGGCUGAAUUGUCUGUUGGCUUUAAAGGUUUCGAAGAGACCUAUGUCUCUGAAGUAACAUGCGAAAGGCCAUGGUAUGUGCAGGCAAUAGGUACUUCGGAUGUAUUAUUUCGACAGCUGAUUAGUACAUGGCGAUUUAUACCACACGAUAUUUUGCCAACCCAUUGUCAUUUAGAGUAUUAUCUCGAAUUCGAAUUUGCAUCACCAUUGCAUGCCCAAAUAUCUGGCGUGUUCUUCGACCAAAUAAGUGAAUUGAUGGUAUCUGCGUUUGAGAGUAGAUGUGGGGAUGUUUAUGGGCCACCAACCUCGCAGCUCGAGUAUGUCGAAUGA